GCCUGGAGUAUAUUCUGAAGGUGUUUGGCAGACUCUCCGAGUCUGGGGGCAACCUAACAGAGUACGAGGCGGCCGCCUUCCUACCCUACCUCGUCAUGAAGGUGGGGGACUCCAAGGACAACAUUCGACGCGACAUUCGGGCCAUUUUCCGCCUUGUGGUUACUCUCUAUCCACCUGCUCGGUUCUAUCCGUUCCUCAUUAACGGCCUCAAGUCCAAAGUAAACAAGGCGCGACAGGGUAAGGAGUCCCCUCCUGUACAUCCUCUCCCUUUUGCAAGGCCUCUAAACUGGAUAGCACUGUUGUGGUGGAAAAUAAAGAGAGCAGUUUACUAA